GUGGCAGGCUAGGAACAGACAGGGAAGAGAAGGCUGUGUGCUUGUGUUUAAAUUUCAAUGUUGGUAAUGUGGUGCCAAUAUAACAUUGGAAAAUUGUUUGAAUAAGUUACGACUAAUUUAUAGGAAUGUAGUGUAAUUAUUAAUUUUGAUGCGUGUUACAGUGACCGUAAUGAAUUUAAAUUCUUUUUAAGGAAUGAAAAUUAUAAUCUAACAGCGUGACAAAAUUAUCUAAAUGAAUUCCCGCCGUGUGCAAAGUAGUAUCAGCGGUCUUGAAAGGGACAUUACAAAUUACGAAGCGUUUUUGUCAAAAGUGAUAAAUGGUAAAGUUGAUAAACCAAAACUUAAUGCAUGUAAACCUGUCCAAAAUGUCAUGAAAAGCGGUGUUCAUGAAAGCUCAUUUAUGCCACUUGUUGCUGGUUCGUCAGUGAAGGAUCUCUCUCCACCAAAACUAAGAUCAAAUUCUGGUAAAGUUAUUAGCAGAGCAUCAAGUACUGCAAACCAUGUGCUGUGUAAAGAAGUUUUCGAAAAUAAUACAGCUACAGUUGAGGUUACAGUGAAGACUAAGUCUGCUAUUGGCAAGUGUAGGAAAAGACCAAGGAGCAAUACAUCAGCUUCUGUACCACAAAUUCAUAGGCCUGUGCCAGAAGGUGAAACACAGAAGCAGUCUAGCAAUAUUCAGCAUGAGAUGCAAAACCAUUCACAUUCAAAACACAGAUCACUUUCAUGGGCACACAUACUGAAAGAUAAGAACACUGCUUGCAUUAUCCAUAAUGCAGUGCCUAAGGAUGGAGAUGAAAUUGAUCAAAAAGAAGUAUAUGCUAAUCCCAGAAGAUUGAUACAUAGUUCUAAACGUUCAAACAAAUACUUGGUUACUGAUGUUUCGUUAAGUAGUAGCACAAGUGAUGCCAAUUUAAAUGAUGAGGAAUCACUGCAUUGUAUUGAUAGAAGUAUUCAGUGUAGUUUUCCAGAAAUUAAAGUUAAUGAUGAUAAACAGAAAUUGCCAUCAAAAUAUAAUUCUAAUAAUGGUGGUACUAAUUUUUCCAUGUUCAGUCCAGUUAGAACCUUAAAUUUACUGGUCAAUGAACUACGUGGAAAACUGCAAAAAAGUGAGGAAGAUGGCAACGUGCGGAGAAUUAUCACAGACAUGGAACAUACCCUCAUGUUUAUUCCUUCACAAGUUAAUGCUCGUGAGAAGGAUCACAUUGAUGAUAUCCCUACUAGAGAUGAAACACUCAUCGCAAGGCCAUAUCAAGUUGAAUACAUUCCAAUGAAACCAGCAAAAACUUCACACUCAAAACCUGUUGUCUUGCCCAGUGUGAAGUUUUCAGAACAGAGUUUUUCAAGGCAGUUUAAACAUCGUUUGCCACCGUCACAUGAACAACAGAGAGGCCCAACAGUUCUGCAGUCAUCUGCACAUACACAGCUUGUUUCAGAAGAAACAACUUCCGGAACACAGACAGUGCAAAGAGAACUUGAAGUUAAAUGCGCAAGAUUGGAAUGUGAAUUAAAGCAAAUAGAACUAACAUGUGAUCAACUGAGGAAGGAAAGAGAUGCUUUAAAUGAGAAAAUAGAAGGGGAGAAAGAAGAGUUAGAAGUGUUGGCAAAAAAAGAAAAAGAUUACCUUGUAACCAUUAACUGCCUUAGCUCAAAUCUAGAAAAUAUGAAAAAAAAGGCAGAUGAACAGGGUAAAGCUGUCAGUGAGUUACUUGCAAGCAAUGCUCAAUUGAAAGAGGAAAAUAAGGAAUUGCUUCCAUUGCAUGAUGCCAAAGCUGUUCUAUCAAGGCACCUUAAAGAACGUAGCAAGGAGGAGGAGAAUAUCCAUGCACAGCUCCAGAUAAUGAAGCUGGAACGUGAGAAAUUUGAAAUCCUUUUGGUUAGCAAGGAUAAGGAGGUGGAGAAAUUGAAACAAGAACUCAUGGACAUUCAAGCCUUUACUUCAGAACAGCUGUUGAACCUGAAGUCAUUUGCCGCUGUUCAUAAGACUGCAAAUGAAAUUGAUAAAGGUGACCUUGAUAUUGAGAAACGGUCAAUCAUCAGUGAUGAUACUGAGCCAGACCCUCUGUCAACAGAAAUAGCACUGUCUCUUGAAAAAGCCCAAAGAGGUAGAGAAAUGGAGAAGCAGCCAGUGUGUUCUUCUCCCACAUCUACUAUUACAUCGUCUGUAGGCAUUUAUCCUGCUUGGCAGAACAUUAGCCGAAUUUCAUUAUCUCAUAAAGAUGAUGUGAACAAGUUUUCUUCAAGGGAAAUGUUUGUAUUGCCUCCAACAAGGAAUAAUAAUAAUAAUAUGAACGAAAGUGAAAAUGAUUCUGGUAUAGAAGGUAAUAGAAGUUUUUCUUUUAUAAAACCCAGGAGCCCAGAAUUUAAAAGUUUUCUUGUAGAUUCAUUAUCAGAGAAUGUUGCAACAGAAUCAAGAAGUGAAUCAAGCACAAUUGAACCUAAAACACAUGAAGAACUUAAGAAUAAAUUGAGGAGUUUAUUUGAGAGAUUAAAAAGACAGACAAAAAUGGGUAUUGGUGUCUCCUUACCAAGUCCACCUCGUCAUUGCUCAGAGAUCAGUGAGCCAAGUGGAAUGUCCCAGUGGAGUGAAGUAUCAGAUGUUGUCUCUACAAGUAGUGUUAAUUUAAACAAAGAAAAAUUUGGCUUAAGCACUAGUGACACAAGUUUUGAAAGUAAAUUUGAAACAAACAAAUUAAAACAUUAGCGUCUGCUGUCUACAUAUGCUGCAUUUUGUGUGUGAAGACUGCAUAAAUUUUUAAUGGCAGAUAUAUUUUUGUAUUGAUCAAAUUAUUUUAUUAUAUUUACGAGUCAGAAAUAAAUGAGAAUAUUGUAUUCAUA